GUGGAGUGUGGCCGUUUGCUAGUAAAUGCUGCCAAUUGGGUACCUAAACUACCUAACAGAAAUAAGCAUCCCAGCUAACAUGGGCAUUUUGGUCAUUUCACACCAAACACGUGACGAAGAAGGAAGAAGAAGGAUUCCAUUGUUAACAACUGUCGGUGCUCUGUUUUAUUUACUGUAUCUAAAUCCCGUUGUUUUCAACGCAAUCUGAACUCCAUUAAACAACCCACAUUUGAACUAAAUCCCCCAAAAAAAAUCAUUUUUUUUCUCUCAAAAAAUUCAAGACCUUGGUCUCAGAUCAAAUCCGUUUUCUUUGCAUGCUCGGAUCCAGCCAGUAGAAAAACACACACUCAAAAGUCAACUCUUGCAGCUUCUCUUCUUUGCUUGUUUUUUUUUUUUAAAUUUAAUUUAAAUAGUUGAGAAGAAUGGGAGAGAAGAACAAGUCAAGAGGAUGGUGCGGUUGGUUUCUAGCGUUCAUAGUUUUGGCGGCGGUUGCAUUCGCGCUUUUCUUUACUCUGCGGCAGAAGUUUCAUAAAUCCGAUUCCGGCGCCGCCCCUAUUCCGGGCCCACCCGGCGCCAUUACUAAGAAAUACGCCGAUGCUCUCAAGAUUGCCUCCCAGUUUCUCGACAUCCAAAAAUCUGGGAAGCUAGUGAAUAAUCAGAUCUCCUGGAGAGGAGAUUCCGCUUUAAAAGACGGAAAUCAAGAAAACCUAGACCUCUCCAAAGGAAUGUAUGAUGCGGGAGACCACGUGAAAUUCGGAUUCCCGAUGGCUUUCACAGCCACAUUGCUUUCGUGGUCCAUACUCGAAUACGGUGAUCAAAUGAAAGCCGUUGAUCAAUUAACCCCCGUUCAAGAUUCCCUCAAAUGGAUCACCGAUUACCUCAUCAACGCUCACCCCACCGAUAAUGUCCUAUACAUUCAGGUGGGUAGUCCUGAAGCAGACCAUAGUUGUUGGGUAAGGCCCGAAGCUAUCACAGAGGAGAGGCCUCUGACGCAGGUGAAUACAUCUUCUCCCGGGACUGAGGUGGCUGCUGAGACAGCAGCUGCUCUAGCAUCGGCUUCUCUUGUUUUUAGGACAACCGAUUCUGCUUAUUCGGGCUCGCUUUUGAAGCAUGCGAAACAGUUGUUUACGUUUGCCGAUAAAUAUAGAGGGUCUUAUAGUGUCUCUAUUCCCGAAGUUGCAACUUACUAUAAUUCGACUGGCUAUGGUGAUGAGCUUCUGUGGGCUGCUAGUUGGCUCUACCAUGCAACGGGUGAAAAAUCGUAUUUUGAUUAUGUCACCGGAAAAAGCGGUGACGACUUCGGUAAUUGGGGUAGUCCUACUUGGUUUAGCUGGGAUAAUAAACUCGCUGGAACACAGGUUCUGCUAUCGAGGGCUAGCUUCUUUGGAGCAAAAGACGUAUCGAAUUCGAAUGUACUUCAGAAGUAUAGGGAAACAGCAGAGGCUGUAAUGUGUGGUCUUUUACCGAAAUCGCCAACUGCAACUUCCAGCAGAACUAAAAAUGGUUUAGUAUGGAUAAGCCAAUGGAACGCUUUGCAACAUCCAGUAGCAUCGGCUUUUUUAGCAGUGAUUUACAGUGAUUACAUGCUUUCAUCUCGUACAGCAAGAAUAUCCUGCAACGGGAAUAAUUUUCGACCCUCGGAUCUCCGCAAGUUUGCAAUUUCACAGGCGGACUACGUGUUAGGCGAUAAUCCGAUGAAGAUGAGUUAUUUAGUGGGGUAUGGAGAUAAGUACCCGCAGUACGUUCAUCACAGAGGAGCUUCGAUUCCAGCUGAUGAUAAGUCAGAUUGUAAAGAGGGUUUCAAGUGGCUCGAUUCGAAAGAACCAAACCCUAAUGUUGCAAUUGGAGCACUUGUUGGUGGGCCAUUUCUCAAUGAGUCGUUUGUUGACUCGAGAAAUAAUUCCAUGCAAACUGAACCGAGUACGUAUAAUAGUGCUGUUAUCGUUGGGCUUUUGUCCGGUUUAGUGACCACUUCGUCCGUGGUUCAAUCUUUCUUGUAAGGAAAUGUUAUUGGUUAAGAAUACACAUGUUUAGUGUGUGUAUUUUGGUUUGAAUGAGUGUAAAAUUUUGUAGUAGUUAUUGUGCAUAAUGAUUGUUAUGUGUUUCAUAAACAUGUUGAAUGCCAAAUGAUUUAUGUUCGAGUGGGGUGUUAUGUAACACGUAAACUUCAACUU